AUGAUAAGCACUGGUCAGUCCUUGUUCCCCAACCACCCUGUGAUAAGCAAUGGUCAGUCCCUGUUCCCCUGCCACCCUGUGAAAAGCAAUGAUCAGUCCCUGUUCCCCUGCCACCCUGUGAUAAGCAAUGGUCAGUCCCUGUUCCCCUGCCACCCUGUGAUAAGCAAUGGUCAGUCCCUGUUCCCCUGCCACCCUUUGAUAAGCAAUGGUCAGUCCCUGUUCCCCUGCCACCCUGUGAUAAGCAAUGGUCAGUCCUUGUUCCCCUGCCACCCUGUGAUAAGCAAUGGUCAGUCCCUGUUCCCCUGCCACCCUGUGAAAAGCAGUACCUUCCUGCAGCUCUGA